AUGGAUAGUUUAAAAUCUGAAAUCGAAAAGAAAAGAAAAUCUUUAGGAAACCUUACAAACGGAGAUCAAGGAUCUAAAAAAAAGAAGUAUGUCAGUCGAGCAGAAUUAGAAAAACAAAGAGAACAAGAGUACUUAAAAGCUCAAGAAGAUUUAGAACGAAAGCGUGAGGAAAAACGUAAAGUACACUCUCAAACGCUUACGGCAUCUAAUGAACUCGAAAAGGCAGAAAGCUCCACACCGAAUAGUGAAGUACAAAAAGAAGAGAAUGAUGGUAGUGAUACCUUUAAUAUUUCACAAGAAGAAGUAAUUCGUAGAUUAAGAGCAAAAGGACAACCAAUUCGCCUUUUCGGAGAAUCAGAUAAAGAUAGAAAAACUAGAUUACGAGCACUUGAACUUAUAGAGGAAAGAUCAGAAGGACAACGUAAUGAUUUCAUGAAAACUUUGGAAGAAAUGGAGACUGGUUUAGAUUUAGAAAUUUUGAAAAAACAACCUGAAGAAGAUAAUAGUAGAUCUUCAAAGAAAAAGAGACCAAUUGAAGAUUUACCUUUAGAUAAUACACCAAUUGAAGUUGAUCUCAUUGAAAAAGAUUCUGACAAACUUUAUGUCCUUAUAUACACUUUCUUUAAGGUAGAAUGGGAACAUGAAAUGAAUAAUCGUCCAGAUCAUAUAAAGAGAAGCACACAAGGAAAAUUUGCAGCAGCUACUCAAAAACAGACAAAUGAAUAUAUGCAACCAUUCUUUAGAACAUUAAAAAAAAAGGCAAUUGAACCAGAUGUACUGGCACGAAUAACUGAAAUUACACAUUAUAUGCAAAAACGAGAGUAUAUGAAAGCAAAUGAUGCUUAUUUGCGUUUAUCUAUUGGGAAUGCACCUUGGCCCAUUGGUGUUACUAUGGUUGGUAUUCACGAACGUUCUGCACGUGAAAAGAUUUUCUCAGCACAAGUCGCCCAUGUGCUUAACGAUGAGACAACACGUAAAUGGAUUCAGUCGAUAAAGAGAUUAAUGACAUUUUGUCAGUCCAAAUAUCCGCCAGAGGAUAAUUCACAACUUAUGGGAUAA